UUUUAAUGCGUUAUAACGAUAAUAUAGUCCCUGUUUUCCUUAUGGAGAUCGUGAAAAGAGAGUUCGAUGAACUUAAUGAAAGCUUUCCGAAAUAUAUGUUCGAUAUAAAACAUGGAAAAUCUAUAAAUAAAUGCAAAGCUAAAAGUCGUUUGAUAGCCGAGAUAUCACAAAAACAUCGAAUACUUUGUAAACUGCUCGAACUGUGCAGUGAUAAAUUUCAACUCCAGUUAGCAACAAUCAUAUUCUAUGUCCCAUGCGGUAUUUUUUGUACGCUAUAUGGAACACUGAAUAAACUACUAAAGUAUGAUGAGAUAAGUUUUAUGUUAUCUUUCUUGCUUGGAAGCACAUGUGCAAUGCUCAAGUAUUUUCAUGAAGGCAUAUUACUGUAUAACAAGAGCCAUGGGAUUCUGCAGGAAAUUUACAAAUCAAACAUUGGUGAUAUUACCCCAGAGGCUAAAAUGGAGUUGACAUUUUUCAUUAAUCGCCUUUCUAACGCUCGAAUCGGAUUAUGCAUUGGAAAAUUUUUCCUCGUAAACCAUUCAUCUGUUCUCGGCAUCUUUGGCACUGUGGUGUCAUAUGCGAUUUUGGCCUACCAAACGUCGAGCACCUAUUCUUCUACUAUUCAGCGUAAACACGCAGCCUCGGCGCUAAAUUUCACAAUGAAGUUUCUAAAUAGAACACUACACAAACGAUUCUUCUAAACGCCUUACUGAAUCUUGAAAGACAAUGGAGUCGUAUUUGACUUUUAGAAUACGUUUGUUUUUUAAAAUAUUUCUUUGAAUUGGGUUUUGUAAUUACACCAGUCAAUGAAUUUAUGUUGUCGUAUCCUAUAUAAACUAUGGUAACUCCGUAAAUUGACAAAACGACGAAUAACCUUAAUCGAUUUUUGCUUAGAUUCUGAUCAAAGGUUUCUACUUCAAUUUCACCAAUUCCAAUGAAGCAGACAACCAAUUUAUUUAGAAUGCUGAACAUUUACAAUAGUUACAGUAAACGGGAGUUGCUAAUUUGCAUACCGUACGCGAUAACAUUUUAUUUUUUUAAUUUCAGGGGUCCUUCAACGGAGAUCUCAGUACGCAUCAAGUUAUGAUAUGCUGUGAGCAUCAUCUAUAUGAUGUGGAAAAUAUUCCAUCAACAAUGCCCAAAUGAUAUAGGUAUCAUCUUUAAAAUUCAUUUGAGGCUUGGCCCUCGUGCCAUCCGCCCACUACAGAAAUCACGUUCGUGUUGCAUCACAACACUACGACAGAACUAUUUCACCUCAACUGGCCCUGCUCUCUUCAAUAUCGUGCCAGCCCAUAUAAAGGAGGAAAGUGAUUUCACGGCAUUCAAAUGGUCUCUAUAUGUUCACCUCCAACAAAUACUAGACAAACUAACCACACCCGGAUAUGUCUCUGAAAACAAUAACUCACUGUGCCCAAUAAACCUUUUGUUUAAUGUGCACAGAUCCGACGUCAGGCACAAGAACAGUUGUUCGACAGAACUUGCUGAACAUUUCGUUUCAAGCGGUUGCAAUUUUGAAGAAGACUUGAAAGUGCAUAUUCUCAGAAAAUAUUCUGAAUCUGCUUCACUUUCUCUUCUCAGAAUGUAUGAGGAGAAAUAUGUUUGUGGGUUAUUAACAUCACGCCCUGGAGGAAUGAAUAAAAUGACAGGAGAAUAUCAUCAAAUUUAUACAAAACUGUUUGAUUAAGUAUUCUUCUUUCUCUCUUUUUCAUUCCUUUUUUUUCUGUCGUCUUUUUUUUCUGUCUUUUUCUUUUCGCCUGUUAUGAAAUUGUAACUUAAAAACUGAUGAUGUCAUUCUAUCAACGUGUGGACGCUGGUUGCUCUCCUUCAUAAUUUACGUUUAAAUUUCUGUAAUUUUAAAUUUUCAUCACUUCUUAUUUUGAACUUGACAAAGACAGGCGUAUUGUUGAAAUAGCG